GAUUUUUUCACGCAUGCAGAUUUUUUUUCACGCUUGCCUGCGCUCGCCCGUGGCUGUCGCUCCUCCACCCCCUGCUCGGUCACGGCAACUGACCGUGCGUGCCCAGGUGAAGCUCACCUCUCCUUGGCUCUCGCGAUCGGCUCCCCGGAAUAGAUUUCCUUGCCGUGAGCUCUUGUCUCGGCUGCUGCAAAUUCUUCUCCUCAUCUCCCUCCAGCAGUUCUGAGCUCGACGUCAAUCUCCACCUGCACGUCGUUCUCCAUGGAGAGCCUCUGCUCUUGAUCGGCGCUCGACCACACCUCCCCAUGCCGUGCACUCGCCAGACUCGCCUUCCCUUUGCCCAUCUUCAACGCCAGCCGAUCCUCUCCUUCCCCACCUCAGGCCGACGGCCUCACCUUCCUUGGCGCCCAAGCUCUGCUCGGCACCCAUCCCAGCGCGCGUCACCCUCUUGCUGGACGCACGUCCUCGCUCCUCGUGUCGCAGUUCGUCGAGCUCAUCCCAUACUCGCCUCGCCAUGGCCACAGUCCGUGCCUCCUCGAGCUCCCUCCCUGUCCGGCCGUCGACAUCGCCGACCAUCGACGUCUGGCUCCUUGUCUCGCUCCACCAGUCUAACCCCGGCGACCACGGUCAAGUCCCCGACUCCUCGUCUCUGUGCGUCGUCGAUCCCUUCACGGUGCUCGUCGUCGUCUCCUCAUCGCCGUGCCGAAUGUCUCGGAGCCCGCCAGCCUGUCGUUAGAGAACCACAGUGCAGUACGAUGCCCCAGCAGGUGUUCGGUGAUAUGCGCAAGCCGAACAGCGUCGUCAAAUUCAUGGUUUCAAGUCGGAUUUAGCUCUGGUAUGUUUAUUGAUUACGUGAUGCGAAGGACCAAGGUUGAGUCGACCACAAGCUGAUGUAAAGCGUGAGCCACUCGCGAGGUGAUGCUGAUGGACGAACCUGAAGAUGGAUAAACUGAACGAAUGCCAAGACAAAGGAUGGUCGUCAAGUGGACGUCAUCUAACAAACACUAACGUAGUGUUUAUUCCAGGCAAGCCCCGGUGCAUGCAACCGCUUCCUUGUGUUUUUAAAUAAUUUUUGCACACUUUAAGUCUAGUGAAAUGUGCAUUAGGUUUAUAGGAGUUGCUUGGAAACCCUUUGAUGCAUUGCCUACCUUGAUAUACAUACCUUUAUAGAUACUUCUGAUGAAGUAUCAAAAUAUGAUUUAC